AUGAAGGACAUUAUGAUGAUAUGGAACCGAUUCACCGGCCGGCGUUACUCGAACGUCAAUGCGAACCAAAACGAGCCCGGCGAGUCCGAGGACAUAGCGAUGAAAACGAACAACCUGAGGAGGAAGUCUUCAAUCGUCAUGAGUAAUUUCAUUAAUACAGCGCUCGCGGUGCACGCGCGGAACAAAAGGCCGAACAGACUGAGAAGUAAUCUAAAGCUUUUCCAAAAUUACCGUAUUCCCCGAAAUUUUCCAGGUAUUCUCACGCUGUUGAUUUCGGGAUUCUCCGCCAUUGCCAUUGGCUGCGCAAUUUUUAUAUUCGAUCCGUACGAGUUGAUUUUUAAAAUGAAAGUGACAUUCAGCCCCGGCGGCGAAAUAUUCGACAUCUGGCGGAAACCGGACGUCGAACUUUAUCUUAAAGUUUACCUAUUUAACGUGACCAAUCACAACGAAUAUUUAUCGGGCAAGGAGAGCAAAUUAAAGUUCCAGGAAACGGGCCCUUACGUUUACCGAGAAUUAUUCGAACAUAGUGAUGUCCAUUUCAAUGACAAUGGUACAGUGACGGCGUAUCUACAACACCCACUGCAAUACGUACCGCACAUGAGCAAUGGAACGGAAGAUGACAUGCUAAUAUUGCCGAACAUCGCCUUAUUGAGUAUCACGAACGUGAUGAGGAAUUCUGUUUAUCUAACCAGACUCGGGUUAAAUUUACUGAUCAUUAACACGGAUUCGCAUCCCCUGGUGAAAAUGACUGCUAAGGAAUUUAUGUUUGGUUACGAAUCCACCCUUGUUACCCUGGGCAAUAAAAUGAUGCCAUCAUGGAUUAAAUUUGAUAAGCUAGGUCUUAUCGAUAGAGGUUCUCAGAAAUCGCUACCUUUCUCCAGAGAUUUCAAUGUUUCCUCUUUGCUACAGAUGUACGAUUUUGAGAACGAUUACAUAAACGUUUAUACCGGUGAAAACGAUAUAAGUGAAACAGGAUUGAUUGAGAAGUAUAACGGCAAUGUGGAUCUACCGCAAUGGACAGGAAAAUGUGCGAAUGUGAAGGGAGCGAGCGAUGGAGCAAAGUUUGCAAGUUACAUCAAACCGAACGAUACUAUAUUAUUCUUCAGAAAAAGUCUCUGUCGCAGCGCCAUUCUA